UUGGGCCCCACCGGCACCCGUAAGACAGCCUAGGAGGCGACGGUGCCGCCACGUCCGCCGCGGUGGCGAGAGUAUUGGUUGGAUUUCUAGGCGGCGGCUGGUGACCAUGGCUUUUACUCUAUACUCGCUGCUGCAGGCGGCCCUGCUGUGCGUAAACGCCAUCGCCGUGCUGCAUGAAGAGCGCUUCCUCAAGAACAUUGGCUGGGGAACAGACCAGGGAAUUGGUGGAUUCGGAGAGGAGCCAGGAAUUAAAUCUCAGCUAAUGAACCUUAUUCGAUCUGUAAGAACUGUGAUGAGAGUGCCAUUGAUAAUAGUGAACUCAAUUGCUAUUGUAUUGCUCUUACUUUUUGGGUGAACAUCAGUGGAAGAAACAGAGACUUCUGAUGCCGGCAGAAAUUACUGCUUUGGUCAUUACUGAAAUAGUCAAUUCUUAGCAGGCCAGCCUUGCACUCGGCAAAAAUGUAAAGUUGUCAAUAAAACCACAGUUUUUAUUUGUCUGGGUUUUUUUUUAAUGUUGCACUUGUACAUUCAUUACAAAAUGAUCAGAUCAUCAGAGCCAGAAACUCUCCAGGAUUGGACUGUUUGAUUGCUAGCUGUUAAUAAUAGUUUAUACUAUGCUAUGAUAAAGAUUGUUAGAAUGGUAUAGGACUGUUGCUUCUGCUUUUUUGGAGGGGGAUUGUUUUGUUUUGAGGUAUUUUUUUAUCUCUCACUUCUCAGGGAUAUAUUUUUUUUUCCAAAGUUUUGAAGUUCUUUGUGACUUAGCCAUGACAUGAAAGUCAUUAUCCCCCUAAAUAAAAUUUGAAAGAUUUUUUUAAAAAAAUAAUUAUUAUAUAUAAAUGGUAAAUAGGUAAUCUCAAUAAUUUUAUUUUGAAUUUUUUAGUUAAAUAUUUAGUUAAGUAUCUGCUGUGCUGUGAAGAAUUUAAAUUUAUAGAGGGACAAUACUCUUAUUCAGGGGGAAUUCUAAUUCUGUAAGUCACAUAAUGAUUUUUUGGUUUUAUUAAUUGGCUUAAAUUAGACCAGAUUGAUAAUCUACAUGUUUUCAUUAGUAGAAAGAUCUAUAUAGAAAAGUUUGUGCCCUUUUUACAAUGAUGACUUAGUUAAUAAAUCAGCACAAAUACUAGCCUACAAGAGCAAUCUUGAGCAAUCAUAAACUAUACUAUUUAAGAUGACUUUAUUGUGAAGCAUGUACCUCUCCCAAAUUAUCAUGUUUCCUUUUCUUGAUGGAACAGUAUAUUAAAGGGUAUGAUUCUAAUUCUUUAUUGUAAAUAAGCAUUUGUGCUAGAUAAGUUGUUUUUAUUAUGUCUUAGAUCAUCUUGUGAGGAUUUUUGCUCAUCCCAUACUAGUUUUAUGUAGAAAAGUUAAAACUGUAAAUGGUUUUUGUGAAAAUUACCAGUUAUAAUAUUUGAAAAUAGAAUCUUUGUUUAUAGAACUUUUAUAAAUAAAGUUGAAUUUCCUAGACAAGCAUUUGUUUUUGUACCUUAGUAUAAAUGUCAUUGUUAACUGUAUUAAUAUCUUUUGUGUAAAAUAUCUAUUUAUGUUCUUUGCUGUAGAAUUGCUAAUUUAUAGAUUUCUUUCUUUUUUUCUGGUAUUGAGAAUUGAACCUAAGGCCUAGCACUUGCUAGGCACGUACUCUAUCCAUGUACACCCUUAGCCUUUUUUAUUUUGACAGUCUCAGUUAGUUGAGUAGGUUGGUUGCAAACUAGCAAUCCUCCUGCCUCGGGCUUCUAAGUAGCUGGGAUUACAGGUAUAGGCCAUUGUGCUUGACUGGACUUAAUGACAGUAAAUGUUCACAAUCCAUUUUUUCUUCAGUAAAUAAAUUGAAUUAUUGACAUGUCA